UUUGGAAUUGUAACUGGACUUUCAACAUCAACCAUUUUCACGCCAUUAUGGUUGGAUUCAAUGGCUGGCAGCUCCACGAUACCCGCCAACAAAAGUGGAAAUUCAACGGCACAUGUGAUAGACAAUUACGCUGUCAUAUUUAUUGUAAGCAUAAUUAAUUUUGUACUAGCAACAGUGAUAUUAGCGUCAAUCUUAUUACUCGGAAAAGUACUAAAUGUGUUCCAAGCAAAAGUGAAUUCAGGCAAAAGAGACUUGUUUUUUGUCGGACUUGCUGAUGCGGUGUCUACUAUUUUUCUCGUAUAUGCAGCCAAUGGAUCUCGUACAGCUCCAUAUCUACAAGCACUUGCAACUAAUUUUGCAAUACCUGUGACAUUCUUGACAAGGUUUAUCAUUCUUCGAAGGAAACCUUCUAUUCAGAAAGCAAUCUCAGCUGUUAUGGUGUUCUGUGCAGAGCUUAUUGCUCUAAUACCAAGCAUAUUUCCAAAUCUAGAAAAUGAAUCUUCAAAGAAAGAUGACGGUGGAGCUUCUGGCAUUGCAGGGAUUCUAUGGCCUCUAUGCUACUUUGUGGGUUUUAUUCCACAAACCAUAGUGAAUGUUGUUUUGGAGAAGUCUGCCAAAUCUUCAGGAACACAAGACCAUGUUACACUGGAGUCCCUGUAUAUAAUGUUCUGGUCCUACUUAUUUUGUUUCCUAUCUCUGUUAGCUCUUUUCUGGACUGAUCUUAUUCCUGGAUUUGGGGAUGCAGCCUCCAUCAAUAUGUUCUGGAAAGGACUGAGUUUUAACUUUGAGUGUUUUGUGGGUGCUGCGGACUGCCCCUCCGUCACACACCUGUACUCAGGGAUAACCAUUCUAGCCAUGCUCCUGACACGAUUGUUUGUUGUAUUAUUUUUACAUUUCUCAGAGGGAGCAAAUUAUCUCAUUAUUAUCAUGAGCCUACAGACCCCGGUUGUUGUGUUGUUUUGGACUUUGUUUGAUGAGCAGCCAUUUCACUGGCACCCAGAUGUCCAUCUCUCUACCUGGCUCAGUAUAGCAUCGAUCUGUAUCAUGUUGCCAUCCAUCUAUUGCUACAACAGAAGCUCUGUUGAGACCCCUGUGACCUCAGAAGAGGAUAAGAUGGCUGACAAAACAACAGAGGAGAGCCACAGACUUCUAGUUUGCUCCACAGACAGUUACCAGUCUAUAGAGGCCUCCACGUGUGUCGUCAUCAACAGUGAUUCCCAGACCAGCCAUUACAAUCCCGUGGGAUUCCACGGAUCCUACUCCUCACAGUUUGCUAGUUCACUCAAUACUGAAGGAUCAGAUGUAGAAUGGUCAUUUUCUUAAGAAUCAUGCAUUGCCUUAUGGUAAACAUAUCUUUAUCAUAGUUACAUGUAGUAACAAAAUGUUCAA